GUAAUACCUAUUACACAAGAGAGCUAUCGCUUUAAUAUGGAAGCGUCCUAGUGCCAGGUGGAUUUAUAGUUUAUUAAAGUCUCAUCCACAUUUACAAUUUAUACACACCGCACAAAACCAUUAAAACAUGUGGUCACUCUAAACAGAAUUAUAUGAGACUAUAACCUAAAAGCCAUAUCUGUACAUUCUAUAAACAAGUUUAAAAGGAAGAUUAUACACAUUCGUAAAAUUACAUAUAAUGAGUAUUUACAAGAAUAGUUGGUGCAUUUUCUUUGAUAUUAUACAAAAAAUAAAACUGAUCAAAGGUUAGAAAAAUGAUGAUACUGUAAUAUUUUUUAUCUCAUAAUUAGAAGUUAUUAAGUCCUAAUUCUACCACAAUUCUCCGACCACACCCUAUCCAUCUGUCGAAAAUCAUUGUGGUUAACUUUCGUUAAGAGUUCCUGUCCAACAUAUAAAUGAUCUUGCCUACCUCGGGGAAGUUAGCGGUUUGAGCCCGGGCUCGGCCUUGUAAAAUUAUUUAUAAAGAAGCUAUCCAGCAAGCCUGUGAUAGUUUCUGGUUCUUUCCAUUGUGUUUCUCUCUGCACACUGCUGUGACCUCAAGACCGGAUGUUCAUUAGGGAAGUUCACGCAAGUUCUGUAACGUUGGUGAAAGCAUAAACUAUGUGGAGUAUCUCUACAAUAUGAAUUUUUGAGACAAUGUGACUGGUGCACGAUGGAAGAUAAAUUACCGCUUGUUCAAUAUGCUGGAUACCCAUGUACAAUUGAAAUGGGUUAGUAUGUUUUCCCGUUCAUGACCAUGGUUCUUAUAGAAUACCUAGGGGUAGGGUAAGUUACGAUUGUGAAGCGCGACAGUGCGAUGGCGAAGCGCGACAGUACGAUUGUGAUAACACUACUGUUCGAUGGUGAAGCGCAACAGUACGAUGGUGACAGUGCGUCGUACUGUCACGCUUCACCAUCGUAGUAUCGCGCUACGUCAUCGCACUGUAGCGCUUCAUAAUCGAAGUGUCACCAUCGUACUGUCGCGCUUCACUAUGGAAUUCCAUAAACGACAGCGUCCUGCUUACUGCUUACUGCUUACUGCCUACUGCUUACUGCUUACUGCCUACUGCCUACUGCUCACUGCUUACUGCCUACUGCGCACUGCCUACUGCGCACUGUGUAUAUUUUAUUGAAAAAAAAACAACCCAAAGCAUUAUGAAUAUUGUACUGACGUCAAAACAAAGCUUCAUUUGGCGGGAGUAAAUGCACACGCUUUUUCCAGAGGUGAACAAAAUGCGGUGCUCUAACUCUAGCUGUGGUAUUGAAGGCUCUGAUCGAUUCUGCAUGGAAUGUGGGUGUAAAAUGGUGGAAGUGGAUAAAACAGUCACUGUGAUCUGUAAGGGUAAACUAGAGGACGGAUUGAGUUGCCUGUCAGAGUUAGUGCCAGGCCAGAAUUUCUGCAUGAAAUGUGGAAUAAAAGUGGAUCAGGCACUGUUCAACACUGAAAAGACCAACUGCAGUAACUGUAACAGCCGGCUGGUUUCUGGACAACGCUUUUGUGGCGACUGUGGUCUGAAUCUGCACAGUGCCGGUAGUAAUUGCGCAAGUCCUAUGGACAGAUCUGUGCUUUCCAUCAAUUUGAAAGAGAAACUUAGUCUCAUUAGAAAGCGGCGCCUGAAUAGGUGUUCCAAGCAGACUGGAGAAUCUCUCAGUAUGAAAAAAAGCAAAAAUAGAUAGAUACAAGAUGACAUUUGGGUGAUUGGAAAAGAACAGGAGAGAAAUACAGAUAUGUUAUACCCAGAAAAGGAGGCGGUGCUAAGAAGGCAGAUGUAUCACGCUUGUUUGCCAUUGUGACUAUAAAGUCAAGAGUUAUUGCCCUAUAAAGAAUUCUUGUUACCGGAAACGCUACAUUGUACUUGUCAGAAUGACUUGGUGGAUUUUGAGUCCUUUUUGAGCAUACUUGGCCAAAUUGAUCCCCUGUAACCUUAACUGGUCCUAACAUAGAAUUGUUUAAAAGCAGCAAUGUUAACUUCAAAUAUUAUUGCUAUUAAAUUCUAGGCCAUAAAUCAUGUUUGUAUUUAUUGUCCUGAGCAAAAGCGGAGGGACAU